AUGAAUUUAAGAGACAAACAGCAGCAAAACGCAGAUUGGAUGCAGCAAGAAGAGUAUAAAAAUGAACAGUUAAGAGCUCUGUACUGGUUGGCAAUCAAAAGGCAUAGUGCGUCAAUGAUUCAAAUGAACAUGGGCGGUGACAUAAAGGAAAAGGAUAAAGAGAUUUGCAAGGAUAUGUUUGAAGCUCACCAUUAA